UUAAAAAAAAAAAUCACACUGCUUGGUCUGUUAUGUUGCAUUAUAUACUGUAUGAGAACACAUGCACUGACGGUUCUUAUAUAACACGGAAGAUAUUUCCAUUUCUCAACAUAUUCCUCUGAUUUCACCACAACAUAUUGCACUGUUUAAUGUUUGUAGUCAGUGUUGUUAAAUUUUGUUUCUCUAUACUCCUCUAAGAGUGUGCUUAUACCAAAACCACAUACUACUUCAUUCACCACAUUGGCUGGUAUUGAUCAUAAAUCCAGCUUUUGACUUUUUUCACCACUUUUACUUUAUUUAGACAGUUAUGAAGGCAUUUGUAAUAUGUAUCUGUGUAAUAUGUAUAUGUGUUUAAUGUUUGAUACUAAAUUGAUAUAGGUAGCAUACAAGACUGGGGGAAAAAAUGAGGAUUGAGAGAGACAAGUCAUUCUAGACUAUAAAUAAGUACAAUGUGUGUGCUUGUGUCUGAACUACAGCCUUGUCAGGGUGACAUGAUAUCCAUUCCUUUUCAUACAUAAUCUUUUAUGACAUGAGCUCAGGAAAACAAUAUAAUAAAUGAGCAGGAAAUAAACUGUGGCCUACAAUAUUGUUGCUCCCAAAGAAAGCAUGUCUAUACACUUGUGUGUGUAUGUAUGUGUGUGUGUGUGUGUGUGUGUGUGUGUGUAUAUAUAUACAUACACACACACACACACACACACACAUAUAUAUAUAUAAAAUGUGUGUGUGUAUGUAUAUAUAUACUCUGUACAGGAAAUGUGAGUGAUGCUGUAGUCAUUCUGCAAUCAGCAAUCCGGGGUAGAUUUUGUGUGAUCAGCAUGAUAUUGAGUAUGCUAUUGAUGGUAAUGUACUGCAUAAGCAGGUUGUUGGAUAUGCCUUUCAAAUUGCAGUUAUUGUUUGAACAGUGAUCUCUAUUAGAGAGAUCUCUGUGCAAUUAUUGUUUCAUUAAUACUCUUAACCACAGUCAUUUGUAAAAGUAAGGAAACGUUAGCACCCAACUGCCUCGGCUGAGCCUCAGCGAGACUGUGAAAGGUUAAAUUCUUUCCAACACAUUGGGGGAAAAAAAGAAGAGAAAAGAAUAUAAGGGAAAGUCAUACAUAUGCAGCUUACUGAGUAGUCUGUACUAGAUACGCACAUAUAAAGAGCCCAAGGGAGGCAGUAACUCACAGAGCUGCUCCAGCAGCCUCUAGUCCCCAUGGCAACGGCAGCCUCUAUCAGCUCCAUCUGAGAAUAGGUAAAGUAAAUCUGCAUGCAUUUGGCUGCCUGCCAGCAUCUCAAAUGAAAGAGCACUUUGAACCACUGCCAGGCUUGGAGGAGGAGAGGGGCCUGUCAGGCCUGCUUAAUGUUGGCAGUUUGUACUUGGCAAGGCUUGCCUUUCCCAGAAUCCCUCAGUCUGGCAAGAAUCCAGCUGCUUAGCGGAAGCUGAGAGUUAACCCCUACGACAGGCCUGGGGAAGGCAGAACACUGAAAACUUUCCGCUGUGUAUGAGAGAGAGAGGCGGUGAGGCACAGUGUGAUCUGUAUGCAUGAGAGCACUGCAGGGAUAGCAGAGAAUCUCUUGGAGAGAGAGAGAGAAGGAAAGCAAAAUAUCCUGCACUGUAUUCACACAGAAUCAGACGCUGCAGGUUACUGCAGUGAAAGUUUUGACUGGCUAUUACAGGAUCUUUUUUUUAUCUUCUAAAAUAUCAAUUUUUUUUCACAAAUAAUUCUUCUUUCAUAGUUUUCUUUCUUUCGUUUGGGGAAAACAUUGAAAUGUUUAGCCUAUUCCUUGACCCUAAUAUAGCAAAAUGUGCAACCAGCAAUUAAUGUUCUGCAAAAUUUUAUUUUAAUGACACAUUUUAGUUAUGUAUUUAGUCCUGUGCAAGAUUCCAUGAAGUGUAGCUUGUGCAGCUUUACUGCCUAAGCCCUGGCAUACCUUUAUUUGCAUUUAUAGUGACUUAUUACAGUCCAGUAGAAUUUCUGGUUCCAUGUAGGCAGCUGUACAUAUAAGAAGAAAGUGAAUAUUUACUAAGCACUAUACUAUAAUAACAGAUAGAAUGAUAGAUAGAUAGAUAGAAAUGCAUACAUUUAUUGAUUGAUCCCAAAAAUAUAAAAAUGUCCAUAUAUUCUGGCUUAAAGGUAUUCACAAAACAGUACCUAGCUCUGUGUAGAAAGAUUGUGAGUUGAUAUUACAUCCACUGUACUGGGAAAUAGAGCGAUGGUAUUUGCUGAUGUAAGCACUUUUUUUUUUAUCUCCUUCUUAAAUCUUAAACUGAGUAUUACUGAAUUAAAAGGCAGACAGCUCGUGCUGAUGUUUGUGUACUGUGUGCGUUUGGUGGCGGGCGGGCGGGGUAGGGGGGUGAAACCCCACAAACUGGUCUUAUUUUCUAAGCGAAAAAUUGGUCAAUGUGUCGUGUGUUGCUGGGUCCAUUCAGAAGAUGUGUAGGGAGUGGUUGGAGCAUGCGCGCUCGGACAGCAACAAGUGGCAUGUGUCGAUUCGGAACGGAGAAGGACUGCGGAACGUGGUGCUGACGUCACCGGCCCAGCCAGGUGGCAUUCCGAGUGGAGCGCGCGGACGUGGAGGCACAAUCAAAAUUCCAACUCCGCACGCGAGGCAGAAUGUGAAGCGCGCCUGGAGUCUCGGUCCCAAAAUCGCGUUCUUCUGCAGAGCAAAGCUCCGACUGAGAGACUGCUUGAGAAAAUAUUUCCUCAUUUCAUUAUAAAGACCGAAAACGACCGUAUCGCGGAUCCGAGAGGGAGGCAUUCAACAUGUCUUCUGCACAGGUCUCCUCGUCGAGGAGGCAAUCGUGUUAUCUCUGCGAUUUGCCCCGCAUGCCCUGGGCUAUGAUUUGGGAUUUUACCGAGCCAGUAUGCAGAGGCUGCGUGAAUUACGAAGGCGCGGAUCGGAUCGAGUUUGUCAUCGAGACCGCGCGGCACCUUAAGCGGGCUCAUGGCUUCCAAGAGGGGAGAUCCCCGGGACCAGCGCCGCCGCCCACGGUGAAGGCACAGGCAGCCAUGGCGGCCAAGGAGACGGUGCAGCUGAACCAUGUGGACGCCUCGUCUAAGCAGCAGCAGCAAGGGCUCGAGCGCUACUCUCUGAGCACGGAGAGAUCGCGCUUCGAUUACUCCGCCAUCGGCGCUCAUGCUGGACGCCUCCCGAACGGACUCGGAGGACCGAACGGAUUUCCGAAAUCAGACGACGGGCCUCCAGAGCUUAACCGCCAGAGCCCUAACUCUCGCCGAAGCCACGGCCUGGUCACGGUGCCCGGGCAAAUGAACGUGCCGCCCAAUCUACUCCCGCAGACCAUGCUGAACGGCCCUCCAUCAGCAGCGGGCAUUGCGCAGCACAGCAUGGCCGGCAGAGCCCCUCCAACAGCCAGCAUGAGCACAGCUUUGUCCAUGGCGCCGCAGGCGAUGUCGGAGCAAGGUAAAAGACCCGGUUCCGUGUCCAGUACGGACCAAGACCGCGAUCUGAAAGAGAAGCAGCGCAACGCGGAGGCUUUGGCCGAACUUAGCGAGAGUUUGCGGAACAGAGCUGAGGACUGGGCGAGCAAGCCUAAGAUUGUAAGGGAGACUUUGAUUACACUUUCGAACUGUACGCCCUUUGAUGUAAGGUUCAAGAAAGACCAUUCACUUUCGGGCAGAGUGUUUGCUUUCGACGCUGUGUCUAAGCCCGGGAUGGACUACGAGCUGAAAAUAUUUGUUGAAUACCCAAGCGGAUCUGGUAACGUGUUUUCCAGCGCCUCCGGGGUGGCCAAACAAAUGUAUCAAGACUGUAUGAAAGACUAUGGCAGGGGGCUCUCUUCUGGGUUUAAGUAUCUGGAAUAUGAGAAGAAGCACGGUUCCGGCGACUGGCGACUCCUGGGCGAUUUGCUGCCGGAGACCGUGCGGUUCUUUAAGGAAGGACUUGGCGCCGAGAUGCUGCCGCAAGCCUACAUCGACGCCAGCUGCCCGCUGUUGCCUUCAGCGCUCGUGAACAUGCCGCGCGCCAUGCCGUCCGCCAGCGCGCUCAGACCGGGCAUGCGCAAGCGCAAAGCGUCGCCUGAACCCGACUCGGCCGAGGGAGCGCUCAAGCUCAGCGAUGAGCAGCAGAGGCAGCAAUGGAUAGCCAGUCAAAGCGAGGCGCUGAAGCUCACCAUGGCGUCAGGCUCGUUCGUGGCCUCGCACGGUGGCCCUCCGCCCCUUGGGCCCGUACACUCGAGCCGAGCCACGCCGCCCGAAUCGGCUCCGCAGAACGGACAGUCGCCCAUGGCCGCGCUCAUGUCGGUGGCAGACACGCUGGGCAACGCGCACUCUCCAAAAGACAGCAACUCCGUGCACUCCACCACGUCCACCAGACACAACAGCAGCAGUCCGGUAUCACCCGCUUCCGUGUCGGGACAGAGGCGCUUGGCUUCCCGUAACGGAGAGUUAAACAUGGCCGGGACACCCUCUCAGUCCGCAUCCCAUCAAAACAUGGAGCAAGCGCACCCACAAAACAUUCCUGAUUCUCCCAUGGCCAACAACGGACCGCUGUGUUGCACCAUUUGUCACGAACGCUUAGAAGACACACACUUCGUGCAAUGUCCCUCCGUUCCCAACCAUAAGUUUUGCUUCCCAUGUUCACGCGAGAGCAUCAAAGCACAGGGGGCAACCGGCGAGGUGUAUUGCCCCAGCGGAGAGAAAUGCCCCCUGGUAGGUUCGAACGUGCCUUGGGCUUUCAUGCAAGGCGAGAUCGCGACCAUUUUGGCCGGAGACGUUAAAGUGAAAAAGGAAAGGGACCCCUAAAAUGAUUAUGCUUCCCGAAUCAGAAACGUAAAUCGAGUCAAGUAUAUUAUAUACAUGUUGUGAAUAACUGACAAAGUAGUCCUAUGUACAGAGACCCCCUCUUUCCGUCAUAUAUUUCAGUGUUUUGAAACAAAGGUACAGUGGGCAGUGUGAUGUCAUGGCUAAUUUGAAGGAGGAGGCUGUUUGGACACGUUUGGUCGCGAUGUAUUUUGGUGGCAGUGUUAACGGUACGGUGGGGAGGCACUUUGCGCUCACGUUUUUAUUUGGGCUCAUGCACUUCUUUCAAGGUGAUAUCCCCCUCCCCCCACACCCCCUAUAUAAAUCCGGAUUGUUACCGGAGGUGUUUUGUCCUAGUUACCAACGUAAACAGGAAGGCGCGAGGCAUGACUCGGUUUAUAGACCGUUAGUGGGCAUUUUUUUUUGUCUUUUGGUCUCUUUAUAUUUUUGACGUACUUUACAAAAAACAAAAAAACAACAACAAUGUCUCACUUUCAUCUCGUGUUCUGAAAGUACAAAUAUAGUUUCCUACGUGUUUUUCAUUCUCCUUCCUUUUGCUUUAAAGGUGCACGGAUGCUUAAGAGUAGAGCAAAAAUACUGUACAUGAACUUAAAUGCUCUGUUUGUUUAUACAUUUCUGUAGUAACAGAAGACUUGUAACGUGCCUUGGAGCUGAGUAAAUUGUAAUAAAUUCAUUGAUAUUAAUAUAUUUGUCAAGUGUCCGUUUGUUCGGUUUGACUUUUUGUUUCAACACGCAAGGUUUAUAUGGGUUUAUUUGCAUUUUACACAUCUCUUAAAACCGAGAAUUGUAGUGGAAAGUGUGGCUCUGCUCUUUGGUAAAGCUACAAGUUAUGCAGAAAAAUACCCUUCAAUCAUUACUGUUUUGUGUGUGUGAUGUGGCUAAUAUUCAGUGCACAUGAAAAAGUGCUAUUUCAUUUUAAAUAUUUUGUUUUGUUAUAUGUUGAGCUUUUUAUAAAUUUCCACGGCACGUGAUUGUUCAAGAAGGACAGUUGUUAUAUUAACUUUUUGACCUCGGAAGCUUUAAAAAAAAAAUCACUUUUUGAUAUAAUGGGCAGUUACUAAUUCAACUGUAAUGAACAGAAUGUAAUUUGACACAUUUGACAUUUUCAGUCACCGUGACCUAAAAAUGUACUUUUAAUGCAAUCAGCAGGACUUUGACAAAACUAGGUCUGUGCGGUUUAAUUUUAUUUUUUAAAAUGUUGGGGGUUUUUUUUUGCAUCAUAUUACAGCAAUGCUAACAGUGCGAGUGUUCAAAAGCGACUCGCUUUAAAAUCCUGCAAUCAUGCAUUUAGGAGGACUGGCAUUCUCAGUGAGAGCCAUCUAGUCUAUUUACGUUGCAGUCGUGCUCUUGUGUUAGCGUGCAUGUUUUCCCUGUCAUGCUUGUGGCAACAAGUUUGAGUAUUAUAAGAUGAAUGUCAAUCAGAUCAAUAGUGUUUAAUGCAUGAAUUUCCUCCCUGUAACAUUUGUAGGCUAAUCUGUAGUACCCGUCAAUGAUGUUCUAGCCUAUGCUGAAAAUGACUGUUCGUGUAUGUGUGGAUGUUUGUGAAAGACAGUGAAGGAAAGUGCUUGCACAUGCCUGAGAUGCCCCCAGGGAAACAUUCCUCAUUUAGAAUUCAGCUGGCGGUCACGUGAGCCGUCAGUUGUAAUCUUGCAUUGGCUGCCGAUAGGAGGGAAACCAGUUGGUGCGUGGCUGUUGCCAUGAGUCAAGCUAAUGCUCUUUUUUUGUUUUUUUUUUCUUCCAGUGCCUUAGACAAAUGGUUGGUAGCACAAUUCCUUCAUGGCAGUUAGGCAUGAGCAGGCCUCCAGACACAAUCACAAAGGGCUUUAAGGUCAGAAAAUAGUGUAUAUGCCAGGAUAUCUCGCUUACAGACUUCCCUGUAGAACCCUACUAAAGCUAAUCAUAUCUUUUUAUAUAACAUUUAUAGUCCUUAUUUUUUACCAAACCCUACUAAAGUUACUUGUACCUUUUAUGUGACCUGUAUAGUCAUUAUUUAUUUGUUUGUUUGUUUGUUUGUUUUACCAAAGCCUGCUAUGCAGUACUGCUUACUUAUAAAUCUUGAAGCAGCUGAAGUACUUAUAAAAUUCUAAAAUAUAAAAUGGUAUGGUAGUUUAAUACACUAGAACAAGAACAAAAAAAAAAGCCUCAAUAUUGAUUAGUGGUAAAUGUUGCACAUUGUUCAGGUUGACAGUUUUCCUUUCAGUCGGAGUGCUGAAUAAACUGUAAUCUAUCCAUCUGUGACCUAAGCAGAGCUUUGUGUUAUGAAUUGAGCAAAAAUUAAUGGUGACUCAUAAAGUUAAGUAACUGGAUGAAAAAAAAAAUAGAAAAGCUCUGAAAUGAUGAUCCCCUCAGUGGAUAGCAUGCAAAUUUAUAUGCACAGUGUAGGAGAUUGCAUAUGUCCCGAUUACAUGCGUUAAUCCAUAUUGUAGUAUUUUUCAGGUGACUCAUUUGAAAAUAGUUGAUCAUCAUAACUUUAAAAUAUUUACAGCAUAACAUACAACAUAAAAAUUUAAGCAGCAAAAACAGCCCCCCCCCCCCCUUCCAUUUUGCACUCUUAUGUAAUGCUUCAAUCUUUAUCCCUUUAGCGCUGUGCUUAUGGAAAGUACAGUCGGAGAUGGCAUCUGGAGUGGUGCAUUGCAGAGAUGGGGCACUACCUGCUCUAUUAGUUGGAACUAAGGUGUGGUGACUCGGUCAGAUUAACUGCCUUCUAUUGUCUGUAUGUUGAUUAGGAUGCCAGUGACCUUAGCAACAGUAUCCUGGGUUUCAAUAUCCUGCGCUUGCAGUAUGCAUCGUAAAGAGAAACACAAACAUCUCCAACAUACUCCACUCCUGAAAUGGUGUUUGUGUAGUGUUUGCAAUCUGCAUGACUUUAUGGAACUUAGUGCUUGUGCACCAUUUGCAUUCUAAUAUAGGUUCAUUUGGGAUUUCCAGGCAUUAGCAUGAGCCUUUGUGCAUCACUUUUCAUCACAUUGUGGAUUUUUCACCAUGUAGCAGGCAUCACUUGUAAUUUUACACAGAGUGACCUAAUGAGCAUGCCGUCUGUUCUUGUCAGUACUUGUUGUGUCAGCAACUGUCAUUGGGAAUGACCAUCAAAGGACUUGGAGGAGCUCUUGGAAGACAGCAGAGAGAGACAGUGAGCAUCUCUGUCCUCUUCUUUCAUUAAGCUGCAUGUUAUUUGUGUCGGCAGCACACUGAUUACACGUGGAUAAUCUUUAAAUUGUUCCAGAAUAGUUUACAUAAUAGCAAAACCCAGUCGGUUAGAGAUUGGAAUAAAUGACUUUUCUAAUCCUGUUCUUUCUCACCCAGCUUGGCUCUAGCCACUCAGUUUUCAGCUUGUUAGGUUUCUGGGUGCGUUGUGAAAUCACUGCAGUCUGCUCCCCCUCCGCAGCCCAGGGAAGCCCCCUCCCUUCCCCCAACACACACACACACACUCCUCCCCUCUCUUUGUUUUCUCUCUCUCUCUCUC